ACACACAUACACACACUGCACUUUUCUCAACUCGUUGCACCAGUGGAAGCAUUGGGCAUUCCUCAAGGACCUUUACUUCACGUGACUUGUGUUUUAUUGGAGCUCUGAAAGGGUUUCGACUUAUCCCGUUGGAAACACCAUCAACAAGCAACAAGGUGAGAUGAAAGGGUUUUAACUUGAACUAGCCUGGAGUCCCAGUAUGGUUCUGGGCCGAGCUGCCAACAUGAGUUUGAUGGACAUUUCUAAGAUCUUCUCCCUGCUCCAGCCCAAGGAGGAGGAUGAGGACGGCGAGCAGAGUCAGGCUCUGAACAACGCCGUGAGCAGCGACGAUGUAGCUCUGCUCUCAGAGCUUCUGUCUCAGGAGGAUUACAGAAAGUCUAUCAAUGCUCGAAGUGGGUGGGGGGUCCCCGUAACUCCCUUGCGCACUGCUGCUGCACUGGGACAUCUGAGGUGCCUGGAGCUGCUACUGGGGCACGGAGCAGAGGUUGACAGCUUGGACGUGAAGGCCCAGACGCCUCUGUUCACAGCUGUCAGUGGGAAACAUCUGGACUGUGUAGUUUCACUGCUGAAUGCUGGAGCAGAUCCCAAUGGCAGCCAGUACAACAACUGCUCCCCGGUGCUGACCGCUGCCCGAGAGGGUGACGUCGACAUACUCAGAGAGCUGCUUCGGUUUGGAGCUGAGGUAGAUGUGAAGCCCAAAGUCCCCGAAUGGGCCUCCAACGCCACAGCGUGCAGAGGGCCCCUCUACAUCUCAGCUGUGUAUGGACACUUGGACUGCUUUAAACUGCUCCUUCUUCACGGUGCAAAUUCCAACUACAACUGCACAGAUGAGAAAAUGUUGGCCAGGAUCAAACAGCCGAAGACAGUUUUGGAGGUGUGUCUCCGCUACGGCUGUGGGGUGGAGUACAUUCAGCUUCUUAUAGACUUUGGAGCAGACGUCUAUCUGCCGACACUCAUCAUUGACAAAACCACUAAGCAGAACGAAGCUCUGCUUCUUCUCCUCAAGGAGAGAGUUUGCCCCAAAUCUCUGAUGUCACAGGCUCGACUGGCAAUCAGAGGAUACCUCCCUUUUGCUAACAAGGAGCCUGCAAUUGACAGCUUGGACAUUCCUCUGAUCCUGAGAAAUUACUUGAAACAUGAAACCUCAGACGCCAUGUGAUGUUUUUCUUCUUUUUUAAAAAUUUCCUUUCUUUUAUACAUUUUUUAAAUUUUUACCAGAACAAGCUAAAGGACUGUUUUACAUCCGAAUUGUUUAUAGCUGUGAAGUCAGAUGAUUUUCUUUCAUGUCUAUGAAGCUUUUAGAAGCAAAAGGAGGGCUCCAUGUUGGAAAAUCCACUGUAUCUUUGGGAAGUGUAACAACAUCAGUGGCCACUAGAGACCACAGUAACACCAUACGUUGUGGAUAUCAAAAUCUGAGGCUCCUCACAGGCACUAUUGUUAUUCUGAUAUUACCUCACUAAAUCCACUUUGGCUCACUCCUUCACUCGGGUAACAUUACACAGACACAUGUAGUCACCUUACUUAUUUAGACAUCCAGACACACACACACACACACACACUGUCUGCACCACAACAGGAUGUCUUAGAUCUUGCCUGAAAAACAUUCUUGUGUCUUUGGACUUCAAAACACCAGGAAGCAGAAUGAAAAGCCUCCACUUCAGUGCCUCCAGCUGGGAGAAUAUAUUUCCAUAACACUCAUUACUUAUUGAUUAGAGCAUAAUUAUUUUCAGGAUUCAAUUUUAGUGUUUAGAAGUUUGUUGAUUUAAAAAAAAAAGUUUUCUUUUGUGUGUGUGUGUGAUUAGUGAUUACCACUGUAAUAUUAUUUAUCGUACAUAAUAUAUCCUGGAGUUAAUGCAUCAACUGUUAGGAAUGGGCCCUACAAACAAACAGGAGAUGAUGUCACACGACAGGAAGGCCAGCACAAUGCUCUCACUCACAGACUGAUGCCUCGAACCCUCCCCCCCGCAGUUCUGUAGUUUUAUUUUCAACAAAAAGUACAGCUAUAUCAGAUAUGGAUUGAUUUUUUUUUACAGCAAAGUACAACAUAUUCCCAGUGCUUCUGAUUACAUCAAAACAUAUAAUGUACAUACAGUUGACAUUUCCACUCUCCCAUUCACAGUUUCUGGAUUGAAUAGGCAUUAUUUUUCAGGUUUUUCAUCUCUACAACAAAUAAUCAAACUCAAAAGCCAGCAAGAAAGAAAAUGAUAAAUGUUUGCAUAUGAUGACAAAGGAUAUGGAUUCUGUGAGUACAUUUUUCACUUGAGAAAAAAAAAAAAUCCAGACACCCCCCCCCUCCCAAACCAAACCCUGAAACCAGAUGGUAAUAUACAAUGAAUAGUGUCCAAA